AUGCCUCCGCUGGCGCUACCCCUGCUGCUCGCCGCCCUCGCCCUGGCCGCAUGGAUGUGGGGGCUGCUGAGGCGCCCUGCGGGCUUCCCACCAGGUCCGACGUGGUUUCCCCUGGUGGGCAACUACCCUGGCGUCCGCCAGCUGAGCAAGACACUGGGAUCGCAGUACCAGGAGUUCACAUACCUCGCCCAGAAGUACAAGUCGCCCGUGGUGGGCCCUCGUCUGGGCAGUGGCCUAACCAUCAUCGUCUCCACCAGAAGCCUCAUACGAGAAGUGUCCAUAGGUGUAUCAGUGGUGGACGGCAAGCUGUGGCAGGAGCAACGCGCUUUCGUGAUGCGUCAGCUGCGCUCACUGGACUUCAGUGGAGCUGACAUGCAGGCUCAUGUGGGGAAGGAGGUGCGUGCCCUGCUGUACGUACUAAACAACAACUGUGAAAGGCCAACACAGCUCAAGAAGGUGCUGGCGCCCUCCGUGCUCAACGUCAUCCUCCAAUUCUGUGCUGGAUACCGCCUCCCACACGGUGACCAGCACCUGCAGACGCUGCUUGACCUCAUUCACGCGCGUUCUCGCGCCUUCGACAUGGCUGGAGGUAAACUCAGCGCCAUGCCAUGUUUGCGUUUCAUACAGCCUGAGGCAUCGGGUUACAAUGCAAUCACAAAGUUCAAUGAGAUGGCGUGCGCCUAA